UGUACAUGGGGGCAACAUGAGGUGGGUGAGUCCAUUUCACCCACAACCUCUACUAUUUUUUUUUUUAUACUGUUGUUGUGGGAAGACGGUUUCACACUCACGCACACUCAUAAAUCCAUGCAAAUGGAGUCAACUUUAUGGACACACAUUUUCCCAGACACGAGGGCGAGAUAGCGAGAGAGAGAGAGAGAGAGAGAGAGAGAGGGAGAGAAACUGAUGACAGCCAGCAGCCCACAGCCUCUUCUCUGCUGUUGCUACAGUUGGGCGAAAGGCGGUAACAGGCAGAGCUGCUCGUCGUCUCCGAGACCGGGAAGGAAGCGGCGUGCCGUGAGUCGUUGGUCAGUUUUUGCUGGUAUGAGUCCAGUUUGAGCAACUCACUCGCUGCAACGUCUCGGUCGCUGGGAGCUGCCACGGAGGCAGGUGUGCCCGUGUUCUCUGAAGCAGCGUGUGCAGCAGAGCAUGUUGUGAACGCCAUGUCCCUGGAGAUGGAGAAGACCAUCACCAAGCUGAUGUAUGACUUCCAAAGGAACUCCACUUCUGAUGACGACUCUGGAUGUGCUCUGGAGGAAUAUGCUUGGGUUCCCCCUGGCCUCAGUCCAGAGCAGGUACACCAGUAUUACAACUCCUUACCUGAAGAGAAGGUCCCAUACAUGAACAGCCCCGGGGAGAAAUACCGCAUCAAACAACUGCUUCAUCAGCUGCCCCCACAUGACAAUGAGGUGCGUUAUUGUAACUCCUUGGAUGAAGAAGAGAAAAGAGAGCUGAAGCUGUUCAGCAAUCAACGUAAGAAAGACAACUUGGGCAGAGGCAAUGUUCGUCCCUUCCCACUGACCAUCAACGGCGCCAUCUGCGAUAAGUGUGGUGGUCAGAUCAACGGAGGGGAUAUUGUCGUGUUCGCCGCUCGGGCCGUUCACGGAAAAUGGUGGCACCCCAAUUGCUUUGUGUGCUGCAUCUGCGAGGAAAUGUUGGCGGAUCUGAUCUACUUCUACCAGGAGGGCAAGCUCUACUGUGGACGGCACCAUGCUGAGAGACUGAAACCCCGCUGUUGUGCUUGUGAUGAGAUCAUCUUUGCUGACGAGUGCACCGAGGCGGAGGGCCGACACUGGCACAUGAAGCACUUCUGUUGCUACGAAUGUGAGAUCGCCCUCGGCGGCCAGCGCUACAUCAUGAAGGACGGACGUCCGCACUGCUGCAACUGCUUCGAGACCCUUUACGCAGAAUACUGUGAUGCAUGUGGAGAACAUAUAGGCAUUGACCAAGGCCAGAUGACAUAUGAUGGACAGCACUGGCAUGCAACUGAAGAGUGUUUUUGUUGUGCCCAUUGCAAACGCUCCUUGCUGGGCCGUCCCUUCCUCCCAAAGCAGGGACAGAUCUUCUGCUCACGGUCCUGUAGCACCGGACAGGAUCCGGUUGAGUCAGAUUCCUCAGACUCGGCUUUUCAGAGCGCUCGUUCCCGCGAGUCCCGCCACAGCACCAAGAUCGGUAAAAAAGAGCGCAGGAAGGCCGAACAGGAACGAAAGACUGCAGAGGUCCGCCAGUCUGCUCCUCCCCCCAUGACUGAGCGUUUGUCGGCUGAUAUUGAUCCCCUGUCUGUUCAGAUGGAUCGUUUAAGUAUAUCAGCCAGCCAGACCCCCAGCAGGACACCUAACCGCACUCCCAGUCGCACACCCAGCCGCACUCCAAGUCGCGCCCCGAGUCUUAACCAGGUAUGGAUGAGUCGAGAUGACCCCUAUGUCCCUGCCGCCUUUGAGGGCCCCCAACGGGAAUCUUCUCCCACCCCUCCAUCUGUUCAUCUUUUGGGUCAGUGCAAUGCCAGGCAGGGGUACAAUCCCAACGGGAAUGUUCACCCUCCAGCUCAGACUUCCGUCAACCCAGGAAAGAGGCCUGAUUCCUGGGGGAAAGAACAAGGCAACGCUAAAAGGACCCCGAUGGCUGCCCUGAGGGGUCACUCCUUCAAUGAAAACUGGAUCCACCAUAGUCAGGAUGAGUUCAGGCCCAACAAGUUACGCACCCAGAUGAGCUUCAAUGAGAUGUCAAGUCAGAACCAAGGAUUCUCUGACAAGAGGAGCAUAAGCCUGCACGGAUUUCAGAGAGACCGGAGGCCCCCGCUCAUCAGGAGGAACCCCAUCAAUGCCAUGAGCUUCAACGAACCGCUGACUCCACUGGAGCAGACGCCUCGUGGCUCCAUGGACUCCCUCACAGUAUCCAAUGCUAUGGCAAAUUCUCUGGAUGGCGUGACCAAGCGUCAGGAGCAUCUGUCCAGGUUCUCCAUGCCAGACUUGAGCAAGGAUUCGGGUGUAAAUGUGUCGGAAAAGAGCAACAUGGGAACACUUAGCUCUUCAGUCCAGUUCCACAGCACAGAGUCUCUGUCCUCAUCUCGUCCCUUUAACAACAACAACAUGUACACCCCACACAGAGUGGGCUACCCACUGCAGUACUGGGACGGUCCGCAACCACUUGGUUUAGAUGUUAAAAUUCACGCUGGUGUGAUGGGCAGCUGUGGGAACUUGCGGAUGGCUCCCAUGAGUGAUCGAAUGCCCCGCCGACUCAUAAACGGGCAGGAAGUUGUUUCCCAGAAACAACCGCCUCAACUGAGACGUCGCAAACACCAUCGCGGAAACGGACACAACUGCAGUACGCGCCACCACAAACGUUCCCGUCGUUCCCGCUCCGAUAACGCUCUGCACCUGGUUGCCGACCGCCCGACUCAAAUGGCGGAACCGUCAUACCAUCGCGUCCAGGAGGAUUACGAUCGCUUCCCGUCUAGUCACGCUGCCAGGGAGUUGUUUGGUCAGGAUCCAUCCGGGUACCGACAGCCGCCCCAUCGGCCGUACCCUCGCACCACGUCUGAUCUCACUCUACAAAACGCUGGUUGGCAACCGGUAGAAAUGGGUGCUCCGUGCUGGGGCGACGGGUACGUGGAAGCGGCGGACCCGUGGUGCUCCAGCUGUUCCUCCUCUUCAGAAUCGGAGGAAAACGAGGGCUACUACAUGGGUGAACCGAUCCCUCGGCCCGUGCAGCUGUGCUACAUCAACAACGAAGAGCUACGCCAUCGUUACAGCCCCUCGGGUAUGGCGGGACAUCACGGACCUCUGCACGGACCCAUUCAUGGCCAGCUGCACGCCCACCAGAGGCGGAAGAGCAAGAACUGCAUCAUUUCAUAAACACAGAAACCAAUAGUGGCUAGGGAUGGGUAGGAGAGUCAAGAAGAGCCAGGUAAGGAGGCAACAGAAGCAUAAGAGAGUGGGAAGGUGAGUGUGAUAGUGACGGAUAACAGUGUGUAGGGGUGGACGUAAAAAAGAGAGAUUAGGCCUAUUUUUCCUGCUGUGAGGUUACACAACUCGGGUAGUGUUUGUGUACACCUACACACAAUGAUCCGACUACAAGAAGAAGAAGCUUGUUUGUCUUGCACAACAGAAAACAGUGUUUACAAAGAUGGACACCAACCUGCUGACGGCAUCAAGAAAAGUGCUGAAAUAGACUACUAAAUAUUCCUGUGGUCAAGGUAAAUAAAAACGAUUUUUGUGCGUGUCCGUGCACGUGUUAUAAUGUUCCGGAGAGAUUGAACGACAACUUUCGAGUCAAAGAGGAGCUUCGUUGACGUCAGCCACCCUGACAUCAAACUUAAUCAGUGUGGACAAUCGGGAAGUUGUGUCGGGAUAGCGAAAGCUACGCGCUAGAUUCCAAGCUGUGUCGUCGUUUGACCUCGGUGGAAUCUAAAUGCCGCUGGAAUGUAGUGUUGGCUCGCUAGCCCCGUUAGCGCCUUGUACAAAUAGUCUGUUGAACCUUUUGUGCUUUACAUAGCCGACUCUCCAUGCUUUACCAAGGACAGAGACCUGGAGCCUCUGCUCCUUGACCAUUCAGACCCCAGUAACGUCAGGUAUGGUCCCGUUUUCUCUUCUGCAACAUGCUUUGUUUUUUUUUUUGAGAGUAUCUUAAUAGAUGAGUGUGAUUAUAAUCCUAUCAAUAUAACAUAUAAUGCAAAUUAUAAUAUUGAAAUUAAACAUAAUUCUUAUUAAAUAUAUACACAGUGCCUGGCAAAUGUCUUGUUGCUUAUCCAAGUUGUAGAAACAAUAAAUAAUAACAUUUACUUGCUAAUUUGGAUUCAGAAACGCCUCUUUAUAAUGCUUAUUGGAGCAAAAUUAAUUUUUUUAUAAUUCAUUGAGUUUUAUAAUUGAAUUAGGACAGAUCCGAUUGGACACGGUACACCCUGGACUGGUCGCCAGCCAAUCGCAAGGUAGUUGGACAAAAAUAAUUAUUUCAUUCGUUCAUUUUGUACCGCUUAUCCUCACAAGGGUCGCAGGGGCGCUGGAGACUAUCCCAGCUGUCUUGGAGCAAGCCAGCCAAUCACAGGGCACAUAUAGACAAACAACCAUUCACACUCACAUUCAUACCUAUGGACAAAUUGGAGUCGCUAAUUAACCUAGCAUGAUUUUGGAAUGUGGGAGGAAACCGGAGUACCCGGAGAGAACCCACCCAGGCACAUGGAGAACAUGCAAACUCUACACAGAGAUGGCCGAGGCUGGAAUUGAACUCCGGUUUUCUAGCUGUGUGCCCUGAGCGCUAACCACAUUCAUACCUAUGGACAAUUUGGAGUCGCUAAUUAACCUAGCAUGUUUUUGGAAUGUGGGAGGAAACCGGAGUACCCGGAGAAAACAUGCAAACUCCACACAAAGAUGGCCGAGUGUGGAAUUGAACUCGGGUCUCCUAGCUGUGAGGCCGCCGUGCAGCUGAGAAGUAUUCCAUUGUAACUUUUAUACAUAUUCAUAUAAAAUAAAACCGUUAGCAUUCCCAAUUAAUGAGGAUAAGCGGCAUAGAAAAUGGAUGGAUGGAUUAUUUUGGUAAAGUGUUCUCGUAAUAAAUGAUAAAAACUUUACUUUGCCAUAAUAAGAAUAAUCAAUAAGUCUUUCAUAAUCUAUUUCUGAAUCCAAACUAGCAACUAAAAGUGACGUUAUUUAUUAUUCCAACAACUUGUACAAGCGACAAGACGUACUGUAUGUCAGCCACUGUAUAGUAAUACACAUAUUAAAACAAAGGAUUUACUAUGAUGUAAAUGUAAUGUACAUACGGUCUUAAAUAUCUAUAUAUUUUGUAACUAAAGAAUCAUUAUUUGUAUAAUACCAUGUAGAGAUAGGAUUCUUGCAUGUCAUUUGUUGUUGUUGCAUACUUACAAAAUAAAGUGUACUUCUAUGAACAACCCGGAAUCGAACAUGUGUUUUGACCUUAGACUUGGAUUUGAAAAGCGAUCCUGCUGCUUUAAUUUAAAGUCAUUCAUAGACAUGAGGUUACUUUUAAAGUACAGGAAGGCCAUUGCGCUAACCUUCUUAUUUUCGCACUGUGACAUCGUAAUUUUACCACAUGCAUUACAGACAUUAUUAUCUCUAUCUGCCCCCUCAUAAUAGAUAAAGAAGGCAAUUUCAUUUUUUUUAGUAGUGUGUCAUGUCAUGUCAUAAACCUUGUUAUAUUCAGACACAUUUUUAAGUAUAUUAGAAGGUGUUUUACCUUGACUUGUGUUGACUAUUACCUCAGAAAUGUCAAUCAUCAGCUGUACAUUUUAAGCAUGGCCAACACGAUCCAUACUUUUAAAUCAAAUAAAUAGUUCUCAUGGGUUUCAGUAACUAUUUGUCAUACUAGUUUGAAUUAAUAUUUGAUGUUAUUGUUGCUUCAAACUGUGAGUAUAAAUGAAAGCAGCAGGAAUGAUAAUAUUCCCUGCGCUUCCACCGGAAGAAUCC